UGAAACCGCACGGUAGUCAUAUGACCAAGCAAGCAGCAGCCGGAGAAAAUGCCAUCCCGAAAUGGAUAAACAUUAUCGCACACGGUGACCAAACCUCCCCCCUCAGCAGCGCGCCGGCAGUGGCCUGAAGUCGUGCUUCGACACGAUGGAAGAGAUUAAAGUGUCUCCCGACUAUAACUGGUUCAGAAGCACGGUGCCCCUGAAGAGAAUUAUUGUUGAUGAUGAUGACAGUAAGGUGUGGUCUUUGUACGAUGCUGGCCCAAAGAGCAUCAGGUGUCCCAUCAUCUUCCUUCCCCCAGUCAGUGGGACAGCUGAGGUGUUCUUCCAGCAGGUUCUGGCUCUGACCGGCUGGGGCUACAGAGUCAUCUCGUUGCAAUAUCCCAUCUACUGGGAUCUCCUGGAGUUCUGUGAUGGUUUUCGAAAACUCCUGGAUCACCUUCAGCUGGAUAAGGUCCACCUGUUUGGAGCAUCUCUGGGUGGAUUCUUGGCUCAGAAGUUUGCAGAGUACACACACAAAUCCCCCAGAGUUCACUCUUUGAUCUUGUGUAAUUCAUUCAGUGACACGUCCAUCUUUAACCAGACAUGGACAGCUAACAGUUUCUGGAUGAUGCCAGCCUUCCUACUCAAGAAGAUUGUACUGGGGAACUUUGCUAAAGGACCUGUGGACCCUAAAAUGGCAGAUGCUAUUGACUUUAUGGUAGAUAGGCUGGAGACUUUAAGCCAAAGCGAGCUUGCUUCACGACUAACGCUCAACUGUCAGAACUCGUACGUGGAGCCACACAAAAUAAAAGAUGUUUCUGUGACCAUCAUUGAUGUGUUUGAUCAGAGCGCUCUGUCCCUGGAGGCCAAAGAGGAGAUGUACAAACUGUAUCCUAAUGCCAGAAGAGCUCAUCUGAAAACUGGAGGCAACUUCCCGUACCUGUGCAGGAGUGCUGAGGUCAACCUCUACAUACAGAUUCAUCUGCGUCAGUUCCACGGGACCAGAUAUGCUGCAAUCGACCCCUCCAUGGUGAGUGCAGAGGAGCUGGAGGUGCAGAGGAGCCACCUGAGCAGUAACCAGGACUCUGAUGACCAGUGAGACGACCCACAACUCUAAACAAGUUUCA